AUGUCUUCCAUCACGCGGAAGCGUCAUCUCAAAAGAACGGACGAGGCCGGACCUCCAUUUCUGAUCACGUAUUAUACCAAGCCUAAUUCCAGGCCCCAGAAGAAGCGGCCGAAGUACGAGCGAAUGACCGAUACGCAAAACGGAUUCAAGCAGACGUGUCCCUUCGUCCCCACUGGCUGGUUCAAUCGAAAGAGCGCUCACGAAUGUCUUGAUCUUCAGUACAACGUCCUGCCCGAGAAGACCUGGCUCGGCAUGACGCGAUACAACAGCUUUGUCCUGAAUGGUUCCAAGUUCUUUCGUGAGAGUUUUGUUUAUGUCGCAAACGACCAGAGUCUAGAAAGUCAAAAGAUCGGACCUGAGACGACGGCGGCAUUUCACAACGAUUCGCUUAGAGGACUUCGAAAGUCCCGAUCUGGAGAAGACUGGGUAGCCUUCAUACUGGAUAUUCGCGCCAGCGACGAGCAGCAUGUUUUCGCGCGUAUUUACUGGAUGUACUGGCCAGAAGAACUCCCAGAAGGCAGCAUGGAUAGAGACACAUAUCCUGGAGGCCGCCAGUCUUACCAUGGACGAAACGAGCUCAUUGCCUCUAAUCAUAUGGACAUUAUCAACGUUACCAGCGUGACAUCAUCUGCCAAUGUUCAGCAAUGGCAUGAGGAUAACGACGAACGAAUCCAGGAAGCUCUAUACUGGCGGCAGGCUCUUGAUUGUCGAACCAAACAACUGUCGUCAGUAGUGCGGCGUUGCACAUGUGGACAGCCAGCCAAUCCCGACAUGAUCCUCAUUGGAUGUUCCAGUGAGAAAUGUGCCGCAUGGCUUCAUGAACAUUGCCUCCAAGCGGAUGCUGUACAGCGAGCCUGCAAACGGCUAGCAGGAGAUCACUCCAAUCUUGGUGAAGAAGCUCCUGCUGGCGAUGACCGACCGAGCGACGCAAAGGCCUAUAAUAUUAGCGGGGCACCAGAAGAAGUACUCGCGCCAAUAACUCCCCUCGCUAUUCCCAAGAACAUUUCGUUUCGACAUCCGGACCAAAGCACAGUCACUGCAUCGAAGACGCUUUUGCCGGCAUUUGGCAAGGCCAUGUUCGACGAGCUGAAGAUGGUGGAAGCAACCAAAGCACCCGAUGAGCAGCUUUUCGAGGCAAAGGUCUCAAUGGAGACUGAUCCACCAAGAAUCGAGAUCAAGGUCUUAGGCAAAGACGUUGUCGUGGGAGGUAAUAAGGGAUGGUCUGAGCCACUUUAUUGCCUCUCAUGUGGAUCAAAAAUCGUGUGA